AUGGUUGGUGAAAGUUGGAGGGAAUAUUUUGAAUUUUCUUCUGCCGAAAAAAAUCGAACCAAUGGUUUAUGUAAAUUAUGCAAUCGAAACUACAAAGAUCAAAACGGUAUUUUUAGCAAUUUUCUCAAACAUUUGAAGCGAGUACAUCCAAAUAAAUACUGUCGAAUUUUUAAUCUUGAAGACGAAUUUAUAUCGGGAGGAAAACAUGCCAAUGAUGAUGAUUCAACAGCAACUGCUUCAACCACUGUAAAAUCAAGACGCAAUCGAGUUGCAUUAUCUAUGGCAAAAAACUUAAUUGUUCGAUGCAAUUUACCAUUCAAGAUUGUGGAAAGUGCUGGUUUCCGUGACUUUAUGAAGGAAUGUGGCUUUAAAUUUGAACCAAUAUCAGCAAAAAAGCUGAAACGUGAUAUUAUACCUUCAUUUGCGAACAAUGUUCUCAAAAAAAUUCAGGAGACGUUAAAUAAAGUUAAUCAUGUAACAUUAACCAUUGAUGGAUGGUCUGAUCGACGUUGUCGAUCGUUUUUAGGCAUUACAUGCCAUUUUAUUGAUGAUAAAAUGAUACCACAGGCGUAUUUAAUUGAUUUUGUACGACUUAAAUCUCCACAUACUGGCGAAAAUAUUCAACAAUUAACUGAAGAUGUACUUGAUGAAUUUGAAAUUAAAGAGAAGGUGUUCAAGAUAAUUACUGAUAAUGCAUCAUCAAUGAUUAAAGCAUAUAAAUUCGGUUUAUUGGUUGACGAAGAAACUGACAAAUAUGGUGAUAUAAGUAAAUCGAUGUCAGGUACGGCACCAAUGCUUGAUGAUUACGAUCAUGACAUUGAAUUAAACGAUUUUCAAGUGAUUGAUGUAUGUCAGGACGAUGAUAUUGAUGAUCCUGAAGAUCCAGCAACAUUACGUUUAUCAUGUUUCGCACAUACCCUGCAACUGUGUGUGCGUGAUGGUUUAAAAAAUUCAUCUCAUGUGUCAAGAGUACUUGGUAAAUGUCAAGCGCUCGCGAAGUUCUCGCACAAGUCGUCCAAAGUGGCUGAUUUACUUGAUGAACUUAACCAACGUAUUAAUAAAAUGAACGUUACAAGAUGGAAUAGUGAAUACUUACUUAUAAAAUCUAUCUUAUUGAUUGGAAAAAAUGAUUUGGAAUCUAUUACUAAAUUAAUGGAUAAUUCAAUUACAUUUUCGAAUAAUGAUUUUACGGUUCUGGAAGAAAUCAUUAAUAUUCUAGAACCAUUUUACGAAAUCUCCAUUAAAUGUCAAGCAGAAGCGAUUGUUACUGCAAGUUUGGUCGUACCGGCAGUCGUGCAUUUAGUAACUCAUUUACGUGAUAUUAAAGAAAAUCUUUCAUUUUGUACUAAACUUGCUCAACAACUUCAAUCGUCACUUGAAAUACGUUUUGCUGGUAUAAUUAAGCGAUUGAAUCAAGAUGAAGUCGAAAACAAUGAUCCAUUCAGCGAUUCUAUAUAUUUUAUGGCAGCUGCAUUAGAUCCUCAAUUCAAAUUUUAUUGGAUUCGCGAUUUAAGACUACCUGCUAAUGCUGAAAAUCGUUUGAAACAAAAUAUCCUUCAACUGAUUCUUGAUUAUAUCAACAAAUAUGUAACAACAUCAUCGACCAAUUCAUCUCAUCAAAGAGCUGAUCAAAGUUUUUCAUCGUUGCCAUUAUCAUCAUUAUCGUCGGCAACAUUUUCAUCCUCAACGCCAAAACCAAAACGAAGAAAGCUGUUCAAUUAUAAUGAUGAUAAUAAUGAUGAAUCAAAUGGCUCAACAUCAAUGGAUGCUGCUAACGAAUUAGAAGCAUAUAUUAAUGAUCCUGUGAGAUCGAGAUUUUCUGAAUAUUGGUUAAAUUCUCGAUUCAGUAUUUUGAAAACACUGGUUAUACGCAUUUUUUCUGUUCAAGCGUCAUCGGCGCCAGUCGAGCGAGUGUUCUCAUAUGCUGGCCUGAUCUUAUCACCGCGACGAGCAAAUAUGAAUGAAAAACUUUUUAAAGACUUGAUAUUCUUAAAAGUUAAUCAACAUUUAUUGUAA